GAACAUCACCCUAAACAAAUUGAUCUUUAAUUUCAUCCCAUAAUUAAGAACGAAUUUCUUUGUUCUUUAUUUUCAUAUUCACAAUUCUCUUCAUUGGACAUAUGUUCCCAUUUCCUAUAUUUUGGAGAUAAUGUAAACAAGUGAGGGGCAUUCCAAUUAGAAGAAAAUGUUGCAGAGAGCAGCAAGAAAUGCAUAUUCAUGGUGGUGUGCAAGCCAUAUAAGGACAAAACAGUCAAAAUGGCUGGAGCAAAAUUUACAAGAUAUGGAGGAGAAGGUAGAUUACAUACUCAAGAUACUAGACGAGGAUGGCGACUCGUUUGCAAGAAGGGCAGAAAUGUACUACAGAAGAAGGCCUGAGCUUCUCAACUUUGUGGAAGAUUUCUUCAAGAGUUACAGAGCUUUAGCAGAGAGAUAUGAUUAUAUUUCAAAAGAGCUUCAGAGUGCCAACAGAACCAUUGCCACUAUUUACCCAGAAAGAGUUCAGCUAAACAUGGAGGAUGAAGAAGAGGAGGAGGACGACGAGAACGGAACCUUCCCUCCAGAGAAUAGGAAAAUCAUCUCACCGAAUGAUUUGCCAGCCGCCCCAAAGUUGAGCAUUCCAGAUAUUGCUUCAACCAACAACAACAAGAAGAAGAAGGUUAUGAAGACAUCAAGGUUAAUGUCUAAGAAGGGGCUUCUCAAGUUGGAUGGAGAUGGUGAUGAUGCCAAACCAACAUCAGGGUUGACCAAAGACGAAGCGCUUCGUGAGAUUGACAAGACUCAGAAGCAGAUUCUGGCACUCCAAACUGAGAAAGAGUUUGUGAAGAGCUCGUACGAAAAUGGGGUUGCCAAGUAUUGGGAUAUUGAGAACCAAGUCACGGAGUUGCAGGCAAGGGUUACGUGCUUGCAGGAUGAGUUUGGGAUAGGGACUGUUAUCGAGGACGACGAGGCACGGACUUUAAUGGCAUCCACUGCACUAAAGUCUUGCCAGGAGACAUUGUACCGGUUGCAAGAACAGCAAGAGAAGAUUGAUGAAGAGGCAAAGAUCGAGAACCAAAAGGUCCAGAAUGCCCGUCUGAAAUUUCAGUCCCUUGUGAAGACUUUUGAGGGAUACAAACCAUCAACGGAGGAGAAAUCGAUCCAGAGGCCAAAUUUGGAGAAACCAAAAAAAUCAGAUUCUGAUAACCGGCAGCCGGAGGUUACUGGUGCUAGAACUCCAGAAAGGAUAGAUAUAGAGGCAUUGCGCGAAAAGAUGAAAGAAGAGAUGCAGGUCGGCGCAAGUGCUCACCUUAGCAUGUCGGGUCUUGCAGAAAGAGUUGAUGAACUUGUGGAUAAGAUCAUACAUUUAGAAACUGCAGUGGUGGACCAGAAUGCCCUGGUGAACAGACUAAGAGAAGAGGCAGACAAUCUCCAUGCUCAUCUUCAAAGGACAGAAGAGGAAAAGGAGUCGUUUAUCAGAGGUUCAGAAACGAUGGGGAACAAGAUCAAAGAACUUGAAGAAGAACUUCAGAAAGUUCAGGGUCUGAACCAAACCAUCACCAAUCAAAGCGACUACAUAUAUAAGCGCAUCACUGAAGCGAGUUGCAGAGUUGAUGACCUCUCUGGGAAACUACUAAAUGUGUUGCCAGAGGCAGAGAUCAACAAUGAACCUUCUUGUGUCAAAGCUGCGAGUAAUAAUGCUUCUUCAGGGGAAACCAAACAUGAAGUAACAGCUCUUGAAGGGAACUCUUCAGUUUCUGAGGACCAAGAGACAAAUGAAAAGUUUGAAAAAGAAGGAACAAAUGAGAGUUCAGCCACUGAUCAUAACGCUUCAGCUGUCCUAGGAGAUGAAUCGCCUAAAGAGGAACAUAUGAAAGAAGGAGUUCAUCAAGAUCUAAGCACGGUGGUGGAGCAAGAUGAACUUGGUGCAGAAGACGUCGAACCAAACUGGAGAGCAAUGUUUCUAAAUGGUCUGGAUGACAGAGACAAACUUUUACUCGAAGAGUACAUCAUGGUCCUAAGAAAUUACAAGGAAUCAAAGAGGAAGCUCAAUGAAUCAGAAAAGAAAAGGAGGGCUGCCCACUUUCAAUAUGUUGUUCAGAUGAAAAUACUGAGAAAUUCCAUAACCUUAAAAGAUGCAGAGAUUCAAGCUUUGCUGAUUAAACUAAACUCGCUCAAUGGGGAACAAGCAGAAGCUCCAAGGUCGAGUGAAAUGUCAACAAAACCAGGCUUUGAGACUAAAGAUGAAAACACAAAGCGUCAGGAAGUGCAUAGAAAAACUCUCUCAGAACUAUUGGAUAUCUCUCUCCCUGGAGUUGAUCCUACCAGAGAAGGAGCAAUAUCACAUUUGAAGAUGUCCAGCAUUGAAGAGUAUGAGGAUCUUAAGAUGGACAGCAUUGAUGAAAACCAUCAUUUUUCAACCAUUGAAGAAAAGAUACACACAGACAUUGAUGAAUUGUUGGAAGAGAACAUGGAAUUCUGGCUCCGGUUCAGCACUUCUUUCCAUCAGAUAAGAAAGUUUCAGAGCUCUGUCAAAGACUUACAGGACGAACUGCAGAGGAAGAGGGUCAACAUACAGAAGAUGGACACUAAACCACUGGAACAGCUCUCUGAGAUCCGCCCCAUAUACAGGCAUUUGAAAGAGAUACAGACCGAGUUAACAUUAUGGUUAGAACAUAGUGCAGUGCUGAAAGAUGACUUGCAGAACAAGCUGUCAUCUCUUUGCAACCUCAAGGAAGAGAUAACCAGGUUUUCUAAAGAAGGCCCUAAGAGUGAACUGAGCACCUAUGAGGCUGCAAAACUACAAGGUGAGGUUCUUAUCAUGAAACGUGAGAACAAGAAGGUAGCAUGUGAAUUACACACUGGAGCUAAGCGUGUCGAGAGGCUGCAAGCAGAGAUUAGAAGGACUCUCCAAGAGCUCGAUGAACUCGGGCUAAAGAGAGAGAACAAAAGCUAUCAAAAUAGGAUUCCCUUGAGAUCUUUCUUGUUUGGAGUGAAGUUGAAGAAGCAAAAGCAGAGGUCAUCACUCUUUGCAUGUGUCAGUCCGGCAUUGCAGAAACAAUAUAGUGAAUUGACGAGGCCUAAAUAGAUUGAUGCUUUUUAUUUCUCUAUUUACAGUAACUAGGAUGUAAACUAACAAGCAGAAAAAUGACUAGACCACAAGAGGGUUCUUUCCAUGUGGUAUAUUAUUACAUCAACUGCAAAAAGACUAAAUUACCUGUGCACUU